GCACCACUAAUGUAGCAUGUGACACGAGGCCCUUCAUACCUGUAAGCCUCGCGUGAUGUUUGGUGAGGCAUGGAUGUCUGCACUCAUCCACUGGACAGUAACGCCUUUGUCGUGCACGGAUGUACCCAGGCUGGAUCAUGAGGUUAUACACUGACGCCUCCACCGACCCUUACACUUGGGUGUGUCCCUUCGUCUGCACCAACCCCCACCUGGACGUGUGUGACGCCGCUCAGCUGCCAGGUCUGGGUAACGUGAGCCGCUCCCACCCAAGGAUGUGGAGGUUUGCCACAAUGGGGGACCCACUGGUGCGUCUGUACUUGAUGCGUGACGCGGACGCGCCCUUGGUGCAGCGUGAGGUGGACGCCGUGAACCACUGGCUCCAGGCAGGCACGUGCUACCACGUGAUGCGGGAUCAUCCUUACCACGGGGUCUCCAUGCUGGCGGGGAUGUGGGGAGGCUGCCUGGACAAAUGGAAUACGAAAGAGAAUGUGUUGAGGACCCGUGCCAUAUCACUCUGUAGCACCUCCACUAAAGUUAAUGACCAGGGUGUCUUAGGGAAGGAGCUGUGGCCCAUGGCUCGCCGUAACGCAACAGUUCAUGACGCUUACACCUGCAGGAGCUUCCCAGGUUCCCUGCCCUUCCCGUCACGGAGGUUCAAUUUCACUUUUGUAGGAAUGAGGUCGUACAGGAAAUAUUACAGGAAUGAAAAGGUCCCAAGGAGGUGUCCCGCGGCCUGUAGGCCCAAGGAACACCAGGAUUGGCUGUAUUGCUGAUGGUCACCCAGGUCACCACCAGCAUGUGCAGACGACCAGCCCUGAUCAACAGACCUUUCUUUUGGGACUGGUUCAUUAGUAGACACACUCGACAGGCAAAGCAGCAAAAUGCCCGAGUCUGUGUUUAGCAAAACCAGCAGGCAGCACCUGCUCACUUGAGCCAGGCAUUGGAGCUACAAAGCUGUCAAGACAUCUCCUCCAUUUAGCUGUUGAUUCCGUGAUGUUUUCUUGUUUACCUUUAUACAAACAGCCAUAAUCAUCUUACACAACACUGCUUUCUUCUCAGUAGCACUUGGCACCGUGUUUAUCGUGCCACUCUCGGCAUUGCUGUUUGUAAGAGUGUGGGGUUUGUUUUGCCCCAAUUUAUAGCAAAGUAUUAAACAAACCUUAACUUUUCAGAUCACAUCUGAUCACUAUGGCAACAUUAUGUUUAUUAUAUUGUCACCAUUGGCAAUUUCAUGGCACAUAUAAAUA